AUGGCCGUCAAGUCGGUAGCGGCUAGCGGUGACAGCGACCGUCAGCGGUCCCGGGAGCUGCAGGCGUUGGAGAAUGAGCGGCAGAUUCUGCAGAAAGUGAGCUCGCCGCGGGUGAUCGAGUGCUACGGCGCGGAUUGGUCCGAAGAAAACGGCGUCAGGUCAAGAAACCUCCUCCUGGAGCUCGCUUCAGGCGGCUCUCUGGCCGAUCUGUUGAAGAAAUUCAACAAAGGCGACGGCUUGGACGAGAUUCUGGUGAGGAGGUUCACGCGCGGAAUCACGGAAGGGCUUCGCGAUCUGCACGCGCGCGGGAUCGUGCACUGCGACGUGAAAGGCCAGAACGUGCUGCUGUGCAAAUCGGGCGUGAAGCUCUGCGAUUUCGGCGCAUCGUUUCAGGUCGAAUCGCCUGGGUCGUUGAGGGAUUCGUCGGGAACGCUGGAUGUUAACGGAGAUCGCGAAGCGGGUGCUGCCACUGACGCGCGCGCUCGCGAAGACGGGUACGCAAACGUUGCGGGGAAGGCGAAACUGGCGGGAACGGCGGAGCGGAAGCAGAUGAAGGGGACGAUCUGCUGGAUGGCGCCUGAGGUGGUCGCGGAGAAGGGCGCGACUCCCGCUUCUGACGUCUGGUCGCUGGGAUGCACUGUUAUUGAGAUGCUCACGGGUCGUCCCCCGUGGGUUUCCAAGGAAUCCGUCACGCAGAAUCGGCAAUCUCCGAAAUCGUUCAUGUCGGUUCUGUACAAGAUUGGCUGCUCCGUCGAGGUUCCUGAAUUUCCUUCGAGGAUUUCCGCUCAGGGACGGGAUUUUCUGCUGAAAUGCCUGGAUCGCGAUCCGGACGGACGGUCGUCGGCUGAGGAUCUGCUGCAGCAUCCGUUCAUUCGAGUGGCUUCGGGCGAGAGUGACGUGGCUCUGACGGAUCAGUUAACGUCUAACACGGUGACAGAUGCGAAGUUCGCUCAAGCCUCUGUUUCCUUGGUGGAUGAUUUCAAUUUCUUCACCAGCAGCCCGGAGGGUGCAGAUUUCAUCCAGGCGGGUGGUGUCAGUGCUGCUGAUGCUCAUGCUGCAGACUGCUUGAUCACUGACAGCUUCAACAUACAACCCAGGGAAGCUGCAUCAGGGACAACCAGUAGCAACAAGACUCCAGUGGACCAUCCCCGUCCAGCCUUCACCAUGCCGCCUCCUCUCAAUCUCUCCUUUGAUUUCACCAGCGAGCCAAGUGUUGGACUCUUGACAGCACGUGGAGAAGGUCCCAGCUGCUUUGAAGGUUUCUUCAGCCCUACCAGCUUCAACAACACUCCAACAUCCGUGAAUGAUUCACCGAAUGCAGACGCCACUGACGCUGUGGACCAUGCUGCAUUCAAACUAUUCGACGAUGCAUUUGCCUCUUCUUUCCUCUCGGCAACACCCUCUCCGCAUCUCCUCUCCCCACUGCACGAGGUUGCACGUGCCUUCAGUGCUGGUUCCUUCUCAGACCAGCUUUCCCCAUCAAACAAGCUUUCGGCAGGAAGCCCUUCUGAUGAGCCUUUGUUCCCUCCUGCACGCUCAGCACCCGGGUCCUUCCAUUCUCCCCCUCAGCCUGAGGCAUCUCCUGCAACACCACCACCAGCUCCCUCUUCCUCACUGUUGUCUCUCUUCCAAGACUUGACCUCUCGCGAAGAGUCUACUCCUAUUCUGCCUGCAAGGGCGUUCCCUCUAGUUUCUGAGAUUUCUCUUUCUCCCCAGCUGAAUGGCUGUGAUUUGUCGACGCCAACCCGGGAUUCAACAUCAGCAAACGAAGCCACUGUUGAGCGUGAUGCUGACAGCCGCUGCUGCUGUGCGGUUGAGAGUAACAGCACCCAGCCGCCGCCGCGAUGCGCAUUGCGGCCAGCGUUUGGCCGCUCCGCGCAUCGCGCCGACCGGGCCGCCGCCGUCGCGAUGCGCAAUGCGGCCAGCUUUUGGCCGCUCCGCGCAUCGCGCCGACCAGGCCGCCGCCGUCGCGAUGUGCAAUGCGGCCACACUGCUGGGCGCAUCAUGACGAUCCGCCAAGCCAAAAGCCCGCCGCUCAGUGCGUCGCGCCUCUCUGUCCACCGCCGAGACCAGUGUGCCCAUGCACUCUCGUCUAGCCUCCCCUCUCGUGCUCCCUUGUCUCCUACCCAUCUUUCUCUCGUGCUCCCUCGCAUGCCGUGUUAUCCCCGGCCAAAGCCUCGAUUAUGGCAAUUCCCUCUCUCGUGCCAGGCCACUCAUUCCCUCUCCAUCCCUCUCGCACACCCCCUCUCAUACACACUCAUCCCCUCUCCAUCCCUCUCGCACACCCCCUCUCAUACACACUCAUCCCCUCUCCAUCCCUCUCGCACACCCCCUCUCAUACACACUCAUCCCCUCUCCAUCCCUCUCGCACACCCCCUCUCAUACACACUCAUCCCCUCUCCAUCCCUCUCGCACACCCCCUCUCAUACACACUCAUCCCCUCUCCAUCCCUCUCGCACACCCCCUCUCAUACACACUCAUCCCCUCUCCAUCCCUCUCGCACACCCCCUCUCAUACACACUCAUCCCCUCUCCAUCCCUCUCGCACACCCCCUCUCAUACACACUCAUCCCCUCUCCAUCCCUCUCGCACACCCCCUCUCAUACACACUCAUCCCCUCUCCAUCCCUCUCGCACACCCCCUCUCAUACACACUCAUCCCCUCUCCAUCCCUCUCGCACACCCCCUCUCAUACACACUCAUCCCCUCUCCAUCCCUCUCGCACACCCCCUCUCAUACACACUCAUCCCCUCUCCAUCCCUCUCGCACACCCCCUCUCAUACACACUCAUCCCCUCUCCAUCCCUCUCGCACACCCCCUCUCAUACACACUCAUCCCCUCUCCAUCCCUCUCGCACACCCCCUCUCAUACACACUCAUCCCCUCUCCAUCCCUCUCGCACACCCCCUCUCAUACACACUCAUCCCCUCUCCAUCCCUCUCGCACACCCCCUCUCAUACACACUCAUCCCCUCUCCAUCCCUCUCGCACACCCCCUCUCAUACACACUCAUCCCCUUUCCAUCCCUCUCGCACACCCCCUCUCAUACACACUCAUCCCCUCUCCAUCCCUCUCGCACACCCCCUCUCAUACACACUCAUCCCCUCUCCAUCCCUCUCGCACACCCCCUCUCAUACACACUCAUCCCCUCUCCAUCCCUCUCGCACACCCCCUCUCAUACACACUCAUCCCCUCUCCAUCCCUUUCGCACACCCCCUCUCAUACACACUCAUCCCCUCUCCAUCCCUCUCGCACACCCCCUCUCAUACACACUCAUCCCCUCUCCAUCCCUCUCGCACACCCCCUCUCAUACACACUCAUCCCCUCUCCAUCCCUCUCGCACACCCCCUCUCAUACACACUCAUCCCCUCUCCAUCCCUUUCGCACACCCCCUCUCAUACACACUCAUCCCCUCUCCAUCCCUCUCGCACACCCCCUCUCAUACACACUCAUCCCCUCUCCAUCCCUCUCGCACACCCCCUCUCAUACACACUCAUCCCCUUUCCAUCCCUCUCGCACACCCCCUCUCAUACACACUCAUCCCCUCUCCAUCCCUCUCGCACACCCCCUCUCAUACACACUCAUCCCCUCUCCAUCCCUCUCGCACACCCCCUCUCAUACACACUCAUCCCCUCUCCAUCCCUCUCGCACACCCCCUCUCAUACACACUCAUCCCCUCUCCAUCCCUCUCGCACACCCCCUCUCAUACACACUCAUCCCCUCUCCAUCCCUCUCGCACACCCCCUCUCAUACACACUCAUCCCCUUUCCAUCCUUCUCGCACAUCCCCUCUCAUACACACUCAUCCCCUCUCCAUCCCUCUCGCACACCCCCUCUCAUACACACUCAUCCCCUCUCCAUCCCUCUCGCACACCCCCUCUCAUACACACUCAUCCCCUCUCCAUCCCUCUCGCACACCCCCUCUCAUACACACUCAUUCCCUCUCUUUCCCUCUCAUCCCUUCUCAUCCCCUCUCAUCCCCUCUCAUCCCCUCACAUACACUCUUAUACACUCUCAUACACUCGCAUUCACUCUCAUACGCUCUCAUCCCCUCUCAUCCCCUCUCAUCCCAUGUCACUCCCUCUAAUCCACUCUCAUACCCUCUCGUACCCACUCAUAUACACUCAUAUACACUCUCAUCCCCUCUUAUAGACUCCCAUACACACUCAUACACUCUCAUGCACUCUCAUUCACACUCAUCCCCUCGAAUCCCCUCACAUCCCCUCUCAUCCCCUCUCAUCCCCUCUCAUCCCCUCUCAUCCCCUCUCAUAUACUCUCACACACUCUCAUACACUCUCUUACACACUCUCAUCCCUCUUCAUCCACUCUCAUACACUCUCAUCUCCUCUCAUACACACUCAUACCUCCUAAUCCGCUCUCAUCCACUCUCAUACACUUCCAUACACUCUCAUUCACACUUAUCCCCUCUUAUCCCCUCACAUCCCCUCUCAUCCCCUCUUAUGUCCUCUCAUCACUCUCAUUCCUUCUCAAUCCCUCUCAUUCCUAUUCAUUCCCUCUCAUUCCUUUUCAUUCUCUCUCAUUCCCUCACAUCCGCUCUCAUUCCCUCUCAUCAUCUCUCAUUCCCUCUCAUUCCCUCUCAUUCACUUUCAUCCUCUUUCAGCCCCACUCUUUCCCUCUCAUCCACUCUCAUACACUCUCAACGCCUCUCAUCCAAUCUCACACACUAUUAUUCCCUCUCAUCCCCUCUCAUCCCCUCUCAUACCCUCUUAUCCACUCUCAUUCACUCUCAUUCACUCUCAUACCCUCCCAUCCACUAUCAUAUACACUCUUGUCCACUCUCAUCCCCUCUCAUUCACUUUGAUCGCCUUUCAUCCCCUCUCAUCCCCCCUCAUAACCUAUCAUAUACACUCUCAUCCCUCCACAUACACUCUCUUACUCAUUCACUCUCAUUCCCUCUCAUCCCCUCUCAUCCCCUCUUAUACACUAUCAUACACUCUCAUACCCUUCCAUCCACUAUCAUAUACACUCUCAUCCCCUCUCAUACUCUCCCAAACCCACUCAUCCAGUCUCAUCCCUCCUCAUACACUCUCGUACACUCUCAUCCCCUCUCAUCCCCUCUCAUCCCCUCGUAUGCACUCUCAUACUCUCUCAUUCACUCUCAUACCCUCCCAUCCACUAUCAUAUAUUCUCUCAUCCCCUCUCAUACUCUCCCAUACACAUUCAUCCAGUCUCAUCCCUCCUCAUAA